CGCAGAGGAUUAGAGGAUCGCCUACUCACUGGGAAGCCUGCCGCACGCGCUCCUCCACGAUAGGCUGGAAUAAGGCAAAGCAGCUGUUGCGGUUAUUGUUGUCUCUUCGAGAAAAAAUAUUUAUUGGAAGAGCUUCCGUUCUCCUUCGCCGAUAAUGACUUGGUUGACAUAGUUAUAAAUUUAGGAAUAAUAGAAAAUAGUAUAUAUUUUUUUAUAUAUAAAAUCAAUGGUACAGAAUAGUAGUAGGCCUAUGUCCAGGACGCCUUCGACCUCAACCCAGGAGAUCCAAAUGGACAUGUUCGAACCUCAUCCACACGCACAGGGCAAAUACGCCAAGAGGAAGAGUCGUUUUAAGCGCUCAGAUGGAAGCACAUCCUCAGACACUACCUCCAACAGCUUUGUUCGACAGGGCUCUGCAGACUCCUACACCAGUAGGCCAUCGGACUCGGACGUGUCCCUGGAAGAAGACCCCGAGGCGCUGCGGAAGGAGGCGGACAGGCAGGCCCUUGCCACUCUCGAGAAGGCCAAGACCAAACCCGUGGCUUUUGCUGUGAGAACAAACGUUGGAUACAACUCGGGGCCCAACGAUGAAGUUCCUGUGCAGGGCAUGGCCAUAUCCUUCGAAGCCAAAGACUUCCUGCAUAUCAAAGAGAAGUACAACAACGACUGGUGGAUUGGCCGGCUGGUGAAGGAGGGCUGCGAGGUGGGCUUCAUCCCCAGCCCCGUCAAACUGGAGAACACCCGCCUGCUGCAGGAACAGAGGAUGAGACAGAACCGACUCAGCUCCAGUAAAUCUGGAGGGAGCUCUAGCCUAGACGUCGCCACAGGGACCCGCAGACCCACCCCACCCGGCACAGCUCACGUCGACAUGACCACCGUGACCUUUGAUGUUGACCCUCUCGACCUGGACUUUGAGGAGCCCCCUGACAGUCAGGGGGACCCUCGCUCCCCUAAGGGCACCUCUGGCAGCGUCACGUCCCCACAAGCCAACGCACAUCGGCUGCCCUUCUUUAAGAAGGUAACACUGCAGAUGGAGCACGUUCCCCCCUACGACGUAGUCCCAUCCAUGAGGCCCAUUAUCCUUGUAGGACCCUCGCUGAAGGGUUAUGAGGUGACUGACAUGAUGCAGAAAGCGCUCUUUGAUUUCCUGAAGCACAAGUUUGAGGGCAGGAUAUCCAUCACUAGGGUGACGGCGGACAUCUCCCUGGCCAAGCGCUCCGUCCUCAACAACCCAAGCAAACACACCAUCAUCGAGCGGUCCAGCACCCGCUCCAGCCUUGACGUGUUGGCCGAGGUGCAGAGCGAGAUCGAGCGUAUCUUUGAGCUGGCUCGCACCUUGCAGCUGGUGGCCCUCGAUGCAGACACCAUCAACCAUCCCUCUCAGCUGGCAAAGACCUCCCUGGCCCCGAUCAUCGUCUACAUCAAAAUAGCAUCUCCUAAGGUGCUUCAGAGACUCAUCAAGUCAAGAGGAAAGUCCCAAGCCAAGCACCUGAACGUGCAGAUGGUCGCUGCGGACAAGUUGGCCCAAUGCCCUCCUGAACUGUUUGACAUCAUCCUGGACGAGAACCAGCUGGAGGAUGCCUGUGAGCACCUCGCUGACUACCUGGAGGCCUACUGGAAGGCUACCCACCCCCCGAGCAGCAACCCACCCAACCCCUUACUGAACCGUACCAUGGCCACAGCCGCCCUGGCCGCCUCCCCAGAACCGGUCUCUAACCUGCAGGGACCCUACCUGUUACCAGGAGAACAGAAGAGAGAAAUUCCUCUAACAGAGUGCGGUGGGAGUGGCAGUCUCCAUGACUACCUGACAGACCUUGGGGGAAAGCCUCAACCCCCGCCUCAGCAACAUCCCCAGCAACAGAAGACAAACCUGCGGUCCUCGCGUGGCCAGCUGCGGAGCGGCAGUGGGCGGGGCCUGUCCCGGCAAGACACCUUUGACUCGGAGACGCAGGGCAGCCGCGACUCGGCCUACACUGAGGCCGGCGAUUCGUGCAUGGACAUCGAGACGGAUCCCUGCGAAGACUCCCAGCCCUACGGCGGAGGAGGGGGGGGCCUGCGCCCGGCGGCACACCACAGCCGCCAGGCCUCCUGGGAAGACGAGGGGGCGGAGCCGGACCAGGAGAACCUGAACCAGCCCGUCAUGCCCAGCCAGCAGCCGCGUCAUGGACGCGGCAAGCUGCGGGAGCGCUACUGCCAGGACACGUCCGAGACGGGGAACAACGUGGGUCGCAACAAGAACCAGGACGACUGGGGGAGGGAUGUUUACAUUCGCUAAACACGUGACCUCAACCCCCACCGCACUACACCACCGUACCAGUAUAGAAGGGUUGAUGGCAAGGGUGGGGAGGUGUGUUGAAAGGGAAGUAGGUCAAGUGUGGCUUUUGGAGCCUUUUCAAGCAGCACUAUGAUUUUAUUCAUAUUUUUCUUCACUUUAGAGUACAGUGUAAAGAAACACAUCCCCUGUCAUCCUGAACAUGUUAUUUUAGCAAUUCAAUUAAUUUGUUGGAAUUUAUAUAACGUACCGGUCUGUUGUAGGUCUUUUUGUCCCGCCCUUCCUUACAUAAAUACUGCAUGAACCCCACUGAAUUUAAUUGGAAGCACGACACAGGGUUGAUUUUUAGGCUUAACUCUUUGGUCAAAGUGCACAAGGUGAAGGCUUACCAAGCCUUGGCCACCCCUGUCCUCGGGUCUGAGAUCAUCAUCCUCAUGUACAGUGUGGGCUUUCUCUUUCCUUCUUUCAACUCCCACUUACUCGAUUGCUGCUGGAAUGAAACGUUUUUUCAAUUGAUUUAUUUUGAAUGUGGGGAAUAGAUUUUCACACCUUCCAUUAUGAAAACACCCAGACCUUAAAACGAUUAUCUAGUGGGGAGGUUGAAACAGCAAGGAAUUGUCGACUUGGUUUCACACAUGGCAACUCCCUCUCUCUCUCUCUCUCUUCUGGAUCGACCUGGUAAACUAAUUGUACUUACUGUUUACGUCAAACGCCUUCUUGCACGUUGCUCUAGGUUUUGCGGGUGCUGCAAGGCAAUAGCUUUGGUCACUGUCGUGUUCACUCAUACAUCGGUUUCAAUGGCUACACUCAGACUGACUUCAUGCCCAAAUGAGACGUUUACACACAUUCACACAUGCCUUGACUCAACAAAAAUGGACGAACAACAAACUCACAAACAUUUCUAUAGAACCAUCUCAUGUAGAUCGCUUACAUUCGGUAGGAAUGCAUUGGUGUGUGAUUGAAGUCUCCUGCCUUAUUCACCGACAUCACACGGCGCACAACCCCAAUCCAGAAGUGCCGAAAUGUCUCUCCAAGCCAUGGCUGCCUACAUCGAGGUAGGAUGUCUUAACCGUCUAAAACUUGUUUGCAUACCAUGUGUGUGUCUUUGUCUAUUGUCUAUUGAACCCUCAACACCAUAGCCCUCAACGGUUGCUAUACAGAACAUUAAGGUUUUUUUUGCAAUAGCUUUGUUCAUGUUUUAUUGCUUACUGAAGAAAACUUUUUUUAAUUUAUAUAUAUAUAUAUAUAUUAGAGCUGUCAGUUAAACUCGUUAUUAACGGCGUUAACGCAAACCAAUUUUAACGGCGUCAAAAAAUUAUCGCGCGAUUAACGCGAUUGUUUUAUUUAAAGAAAAUACAAUUUUUUUAUUUUUUUUCUUUGGCUCAAAACAUAGAAGCAGUAGCCUGACUGCUAUGUUCAAAUGACAUUUGUUCAAAGCAGUCAUUUAAUUGCACUAUAGGCUCUUUUUUUGUAUCGUCCUGUUUUGAUUGUUUAGUAUAUGCCAAUGUUGUUAUCAAUAAAAAAUUAUUUGCACAAGGCAAGCCGAUGCACUUCACCAUGCUGAUAAGAUAAUUAAAAUGAGAAGAAUUCUGGGACAAAAAGAUCAAGGGAUAUUUGGCAUAGAAAAAUAAUUUGCGAUUAAACGCGAUUAAUCGUGAGUUAACUAUGACAUUAAUGCGAUUAAUCACGAUUAAAUAUUUUAAUCGCUUGACAGCUCUAAUAUAUAUACAAAAAAUAUUUAGUGUGGUGAUGUACUCACUAAAUCCCCAACUGCUAGAAAAAGUAUUCAGUUCGUGUUUUUUUUUCUUGUCUUUAGUGAUGGUAGAUAAGAUGAGUACCACGCUUGACAGGAAGACAGGUGCAAUCUAAGUGUCUCGGAAGGAGACUUUGGCCUGGUUUGUCUUGAGUCAAAUAAAUAUUAAAUUAUGAUCGAUAAAUAACGUUAUUGUUGCAUUAUCGCAAUUGUUUAAAAAAAUAGAUAUCAUAUGUAUCAUUGGUGCCUGAUUGUAGCUACAAUAUGCUUUUUCUGCCUUUCAUUUUUAAUCUGUGGAUAAAUUCGUAUUUUAAGUAAAAAUUGAAAUCAGAAA